AUGGAUGCACUUGCUGUAAAGAUUGAGAAGGGUGUUUUAGAAUUUGGCUCCAUUCCGAAACAAGGGGGAGAAGAAGGAAAACAAUCUAAAAAGGAAAACCCAAAGCAUUCUGUCAAAUCUACUGUUAAGCCCAAAAGCGAAACCGAACCAAAAGGAAAAGAAAAGCCUUUCAGUGAAGAACCAAUUAUUGAAAAGGAAAAAGCUGAACGUGAAGCUCAGGUUGCAUUGGAAAGCCAAAAGCACUUGUUUCCAGUGUGGACCUUGAAGCGAAUCCUAAAUGAAGAUGUUGAUAUGCCAAAAACAGAUAUUGGUGCAGAUCACUUACUCUUCUCCUUCUACCUCAAGCAUAUGAAGCCACAAUACGAGACAUGGAGUGCAAUCAAGAUUACAGUUGUAAAGGUUACUGGUCCAAUCGAAACUGACAACUUCCUUAAUACGAAGUUUAAGGUUGUGAGAAGUUCGUCCAGCCAGGUUUGCGAAUUCACCCUCACUGAUCUGUCAUGCCUGAACCCAUAUGAUUGGAUCGUACUUUACAACUUUUUGCUGAGGGAUGGAUAA